UUAUUAAAUUGUAGUUAUAGCAUCAUGGGGCAUUCAUGCAAAAGUCAAAUGGAUGUAGAUGGUGUUGGAACACAAAAAUUGAGACGCUCUUCCUGGCAACAAAGCAGUUGAAGUUUAUUAUUUAACAAAACAUAAUCUUGUUGACAGCGCCCACGUCUUGUCAGUUUUUGAAAGCUACAGAUAGUAAUCUGUUUACCUAUUAUGAUUCCUUAGGGGACGACACUACAACUUCUGAACUGUUGGGGUCAGCCAGGGUCCUGGUAUUUUAGUAUCCAGCCGUACUGUCAAAAACCUAAAGGUACACCAGGGGUUGGAAAAACCACCCUAGGCAAAGAACUUGCAUCAAGAUCAGGACUGAAAUACAUUAAUGUGGGUGAUUUAGCUCGAGAAGUCUGAUCAACGGAUAUCAUGGAUUCUGGCAAGAUGGCUUCUCCCAAGAGCAUGCCGAAAGAUGCACAGAUGAUGGCACAAAUCCUGAAGGAUAUGGGGAUUACAGAAUAUGAGCCAAGAGUUAUAAAUCAGAUGUUGGAGUUUGCCUUCCGAUAUGUGACCACAAUUCUAGAUGAUGCAAAAAUUUAUUCAAGCCAUGCUAAGAAAGCUACUGUUGAUGCAGAUGAUGUGCGAUUGGCAAUCCAGUGUCGUGCUGAUCAGUCUUUUACCUCUCCUCCCCCAAGAGAUUUUUUAUUAGAUAUUGCAAGGCAAAGAAAUCAAACUCCUUUGCCCUUAAUCAAGCCAUAUUCAGGCCCCAGGUUGCCACCUGAUAGAUAUUGCUUGACUGCUCCAAACUAUAGACUUAAGUCUUUACAAAAAAAGGCAUCUACUUCUGCGGGAAGAAUAACAGUUCCGCGGUUAAGUGUUGGUUCAGUUACUAGCAGACCAAGUACUCCCACGCUUGGCACGCCAACCCCACAAACCAUGUCUGUGUCAACUAAAGUAGGGACUCCAAUGUCCCUCACAGGGCAAAGGUUUACAGUACAAAUGCCCACUUCACAGUCCCCAACUGUAAAAGCAUCAAUUCCUGCAACAUCUGCAGUUCAGAAUGUUCUAAUUAAUCCAUCAUUAAUUGGGUCCAAGAACAUUCUCAUAACCACUAACAUGGUGUCAUCACAAAAUACUGCCAAUGAAUCAGCAAAUGCAUUGAAAAGAAAACGAGAAGAUGAUGAUGAUGAUGACGACGACGAUGAUGAUGACUAUGAUAAUUUGUAAUCUAGCUUUGAUGCUUGUAACAUGUGUACUUGGUCUUGAAUCCAUUGUACUGAGAUUAAACAUGCAUGCUGGGUGUUUUCAUGUUGUGUUGUAGAACAUGUAAAUUGUAUUUAAUGAGUAAAUAUAGUUACCCUCUCUGAGUUGUUGGAUUUUCUUUAAUAGGAUUAGUAAUGGUUUUUCAUCAGCCUUCAAGUGUAAAAAAUAAAGUUCAUUACUUUGUUGGUA